AUGGCGGGCACGGCACGUCAUGACCGAGAGAUGGCGAUCCAGUCCAAGAGGAAGCUCACCACGGCCACCGAUCCCAUUGAAAGACUCCGACUGCAGUGCCUGGCCAGGGGCUCCGCAGGCAUCAAAGGUCUUGGCAGAGUGUUUCGAAUUAUGGAUGACAAUAACAACCGGACCCUUGAUUUCAAAGAAUUUUUGAAAGGACUAAAUGAUUAUGCUGUGGUCAUGGAAAAGGAAGAGGCAGAAGAGCUCUUCCGGAGGUUUGAUAAAGAUGGAAAUGGAACAAUAGACUUCAAUGAAUUUCUUCUCACAUUAAGACCUCCAAUGUCUAGAGCCAGGAAAGAGGUAAUUAUGCAAGCUUUUAGGAAGUUAGACAAGACCGGAGAUGGAGUUAUAACUAUUGAAGAUCUUCGUGAAGUGUAUAAUGCGAAACACCAUCCUAAGUACCAAAAUGGAGAAUGGACCGAAGAACAAGUAUUCAGGAAGUUUCUGGAUAACUUUGAUUCACCCUAUGACAAAGAUGGAUUGGUGACCCCCGAGGAGUUUAUGAACUACUAUGCAGGGGUGAGCGCAUCCAUUGACACUGAUGUGUAUUUCAUCAUCAUGAUGAGAACUGCCUGGAAGCUCUAA